AUGUGUAGCGGCAGUGGCCGCCGGCGGAGCAGUCUGAGCCCGACGAUGAGGCCGGGGACGGGAGCCGAGCGUGGAGGCCUCAUGGUGAGUGAAAUGGAGAACCAUCCUCCCUCGCGGGGUCUCGGGGACGGGGAGCGGAGAUUGUCCGGCUCAAGCCUCUGCUCCAGCUCUUGGGUCUCUGCUGACGGCUUCCUGAGGAGACGGCCCUCGAUGGGGCACCCUGGCAUGCAUUAUGCCCCAAUGGGAAUGCAUCCUAUGGGUCAGAGAGCGAAUAUGCCUCCUGUACCUCAUGGAAUGAUGCCACAAAUGAUGCCCCCAAUGGGAGGACCACCAAUGGGACAAAUGCCUGGAAUGAUGUCUUCAGUAAUGCCUGGAAUGAUGAUGUCUCAUAUGUCUCAGGCUUCCAUGCAGCCUGCCUUACCGCCAGGAGUAAAUAAUAUGGAUGUAGCAGCAGGUACAACUUCUGGCGCAAAAUCAAUGUGGACUGAACAUAAAUCACCUGAUGGAAGGACCUACUACUACAAUACUGAAACAAAACAGUCUACUUGGGAGAAACCAGAUGAUCUUAAAACUCCUGCUGAGCAACUUUUAUCUAAAUGCCCUUGGAAGGAGUACAAGUCUGACUCUGGAAAGCCUUAUUAUUACAAUUCUCAAACAAAAGAAUCUCGCUGGGCCAAACCUAAAGAACUUGAAGAUCUUGAAGGAUACCAGAAUACCAUUGUUGCUGGAAGUCUUAUUACAAAAUCAAACCUGCAUGCAAUGAUCAAAGCUGAAGAAAGCAGUAAACAAGAAGAGUGCACCACAACAUCAGCAGCCCCAGUUCCUACAACAGAAAUUCCAACCACAAUGAGCACCAUGGCUGCUGCAGAAGCAGCAGCUGCUGUUGUUGCAGCAGCAGCCGCAGCCGCAGCAGCUGCUGCUGCAGCCAAUGCCAGUGCUUCCACUUCUGCCUCUAGUACUGUCAGUGGAACUGUUCCAGUUGUUCCUGAGCCUGAGGUUACUUCGAUUGUUGCUACUGUUGUAGAUAAUGAAAAUACAGUAACAAUUUCUACUGAAGAACAAGCACAACUUACUAGUACCCCUUCUGUUCAGGAUCAAAGUGAAGUGUCUAGUAAUACUGGAGAAGAAACAUCUAAGCAGGAAACUGUAGCUGAUUUUACUCCCAAAAAAGAAGAGGAAGAAAGCCAACCAGCAAAAAAAACAUAUACUUGGAAUACGAAAGAGGAGGCAAAGCAAGCAUUUAAAGAAUUAUUAAAAGAAAAGCGUGUACCAUCUAAUGCUUCAUGGGAGCAAGCUAUGAAAAUGAUCAUUAAUGAUCCACGAUAUAGUGCUUUAGCAAAGUUGAGUGAAAAAAAGCAGGCCUUUAAUGCUUAUAAAGUCCAAACAGAGAAAGAAGAAAAAGAAGAAGCAAGAUCCAAAUACAAAGAAGCUAAGGAAUCCUUUCAGCGUUUUCUUGAAAAUCAUGAGAAAAUGACUUCUACAACUAGAUACAAAAAAGCAGAGCAAAUGUUUGGAGAGAUGGAAGUCUGGAAUGCAAUAUCAGAACGUGAUCGUCUUGAAAUCUAUGAAGAUGUUUUAUUCUUUCUUUCAAAAAAAGAAAAGGAGCAAGCAAAGCAGUUGCGAAAGAGGAAUUGGGAAGCCUUGAAAAACAUACUUGACAACAUGGCUAACGUGACAUAUUCUACUACUUGGUCUGAAGCCCAGCAGUAUCUGAUGGAUAAUCCAACUUUUGCAGAAGAUGAGGAAUUACAAAAUAUGGAUAAAGAAGAUGCAUUAAUUUGCUUUGAGGAACACAUCCGGGCUUUAGAAAAAGAAGAGGAAGAAGAAAAACAAAAGAGUUUGCUUCGUGAAAGGAGACGACAGCGUAAAAAUAGAGAAUCUUUUCAGAUAUUUUUAGAUGAACUGCAUGAACAUGGACAACUGCAUUCUAUGUCAUCUUGGAUGGAAUUAUAUCCAACAAUUAGUUCUGACAUUAGAUUCACUAAUAUGCUUGGUCAGCCGGGAUCAACUGCACUUGACCUUUUCAAGUUUUAUGUUGAGGAUCUUAAAGCACGUUAUCAUGAUGAAAAGAAGAUAAUAAAAGACAUUCUGAAGGAUAAAGGAUUUGUAGUUGAAGUAAAUACUACUUUUGAAGACUUUGUGGCAAUAAUCAGUUCAACUAAAAGAUCAACCACAUUAGAUGCAGGAAAUAUUAAGCUGGCUUUCAAUAGUUUACUAGAAAAGGCAGAAGCCCGUGAACGUGAAAGAGAAAAAGAGGAGGCUCGGAAGAUGAAACGAAAAGAAUCUGCAUUUAAGAGUAUGUUGAAACAAGCUACUCCUCCAAUAGAAUUGGAUGCUGUCUGGGAAGAUAUCCGGGAGAGAUUUGUAAAAGAGCCAGCAUUUGAGGAUAUAACUCUAGAAUCUGAAAGAAAACGAAUAUUUAAAGAUUUUAUGCAUGUGCUUGAGCAUGAAUGUCAACAUCAUCAUUCAAAAAACAAGAAGCAUUCUAAGAAAUCUAAAAAACAUCACAGAAAGCGCUCCCGCUCUCGAUCAGGGUCAGAUUCAGAUGAUGAUGACAGCCAUUCAAAGAAAAAAAGACAGCGAUCAGAGUCUCGUUCUGCUUCAGAACAUUCUUCCAGUGCUGAAUCUGAGAGAAGUUAUAAGAAGUCAAAAAAACAUAAGAAGAAAAGCAAGAAGAGAAGACAUAAAUCAGACUCUCCAGACUCAGAUGCUGAAAGAGAAAAGGAUAAAAAAGAAAAAGACCGGGAAGGCGAAAAAGACAGAACUAGACAAAGAUCAGAAUCAAAACACAAAUCACCUAAGAAAAAGACUGGAAAGGAUUCUGGUAAUUGGGAUACUUCUGGCAGUGAACUAAGUGAAGGGGAAUUGGAAAAGCGCAGAAGGACCCUUUUGGAGCAACUGGAUGAUGAUCAAUAAAUUAUACCAAAUAUGUUUACAGUAUGAUUUAAAGUCUAAUUCAGACCAGGGACUCUAUUUUAAGUUCAGUUGAAAUAACACUGGGUUUUAAUUAUAUCACAGGAAAAAAAAGUGCAUUUAAGUAUUGUUAUUGUGGACUUUAUAAAAGCAGAGGAAAUUGAAAAUAACUUUUGAUUCUGUAUCAAGAAUCAUAUUUUCAUACAGUCAUAACUGUCUGUCUGUGACCCUUUCAUAGGGCACUGCAGGAUGGAUUAAAGGUGGCAAUUUACUGAUAACUGCAGGUGUCUCUACUUUAUUCUAAAGUCUAAGUCAUGAGGUGAUUUGAUUUACUUUAUAGAAGUUGGAUUUUGAAGAUAUAAUGGAAAAAUUUUGAUAUCUAGUAGUACAAAAAAAAGCACCAGCAACUGAUAAACUGCUUUUUUGUGCACUACCCAACUGGCUAAUGAUAUGAUCUUUUAUGGUAAACUCAGAAAUAAGUGUUCAUAAUGGAAACCUGGUAGACCCUUAACUAUAGUGGUGCUGCUCAGCACUGCUAUAAUAAAGCCACCAUUAUUUUUUAUGGAACAUCUGAAUACAUUUUGAAAAGGCUACUGUGAGGGCAUUAUUUUGAGGUGAUGUUUAAAAAGUUAACAUCAAAUCAAAUUGUAAAUUAGCUUAAAUAUAUUGCCUUAAGGACCUACUAAAGAAUGUGCCACCAAACUUUAAGUGAUGGCUGCAAUAUCCUUGUCUAAAACAAAUCAAUGUUGACUUCAGCAAUUUCUUUAACAGUUUUUUUUUUUUAAUCCGAACUUUCUCUUGCUUUUUUUCAUUGAGGAAGUCUUUUACCUUCCCUACUCACUGAGAAGUAUUGACUUCGUGGUACACAUUCUAAAGCAU